AUGUUGAAUGGCACACAGUUGUUUAUUGCAUACGAGAUUUUGACAGGUGGUGACAGAAAUAUUGACUUCUUUUUGCGUGAUGAACGUCUUGACAUUCUUGUUCACAAACCCUGGAAAACAGAAGGGACAGUUGAAGAAAAUAUUCACACUCGUGGUAUCUAUGAGGUGUGCUUUGAUAAUUCCUACAGUCGGUUUGCAGCAAAAUUAGUCUAUUUCUACAUGUCAGCAUUUGUUCCUGAACACUGGGAUGGUUAUGUUAAGGAAAUUGAGGAUGUUUACCGAACUGUGGCAAACUUCUCGGUGUCUCUGGAAAAUUUGCAGCAAAAUAUCAAAAAUGCAGUAAUCCACCAGUCCUCAAGCCGUAUGUAUGUAAUGUUAGACUACUACACAAUUAUGGGCAACAACAAAUAUGUGCAAUACUGGUCGAUAUUACAGUGCAUUAUAAUAAUCUCUACAAGUUGCCUUCAAGUAUUCUUUGUGCGACGCCUUUUCCAUUCAACAAAUGUUACACCUACAAUGAAACCACGAGCGUAA